AUAUCUGAGGUAGCUGAGCGGUUAGCACACUAUUCGGGCGCGCAGUUACGCUUCGGGAUCCGCAGCGUUAGUACCAUUACGACUUCCGUCGGGCGACGUUCUUCCGAGAUACGCUUUCUUGGUAAGUAUGCGGUGCUUUCAGAUACACUGGAACUGAAGCUGUCUGAACACCUGAGCAAGUGCUAAUACAACAUUUGCAGCACGGCCCUCAACAAUCAAGUUCACAACGACAAUCAAGUCGCCUGGACAAGAUCUGAUGCCUAUGUCGUCAGUGACGAAAGCGAUAGUCUAAAGAAGUACGCUUUCAGAAGCCAGGAGCACAAAAGGGAAGACUUAAAAUGUCGAGAGUUAGUACCAUAACUUCAACGACUUUGUCAUCAGAAACAAGGACAAAAUGCGAGUCGCAUUCAGCAACACCCUUACGCUUGACCUCUGGAGAGAGAGUCUCCUUGUUCGACUGGCUGCGCAUCUUUGCGGGUCACGCAUCCUUUUGCUUGAUCGGAUUCUUUGGAAUAUUGAUUUUUCCGGCACUUGCAAUUAGCAACCGCGUGCGAGAAAUAUACUUCGCCUUCAUAUACCUGUUGAUGCAACGCCUGUGGCACGACGACUACGGCUCUGUGCGACGCGUCCUGAUGACCGGACUUGAUGAUAUUGUAUCACACGACGCUGCUCUAAAAGCACGCGGCGCGGUGCGUGUGCUCGAAGUAGGAGCUGCCUACGGACCAAACAUGCCUUACAUACACCGGAGCAUUGAGUACUGGAGACUGGAGCCAAAUGUCAGCUUCGAGGAAGAAUUUCAGAAGAACCUGGCUGCCAACAAGAAAGUGCAGUUAGUGCGCACAAUUCGAGGAUACGGCGAGGACAUGUACAUGGUACCGGACGGCCACUUCGACGCAGUCGUUCUCACGUACGUCUUGUGCACAGCGAAGGACGGCAAGAAACUUCUAAGCGAGUGCAAGCGUGCGCUCAGAAAGGGAGGCCGUCUCCUUUUCGCCGAGCACGUUGGUCACCCUAAAGGUACGUUCGCUAGGUCCCUCCAGGACGUCCUGGCCCCAAUGGUCAUGUACUUCACCGGUGGCUGCUACAUGAACCGAGACAGUGGGCGCCUUGUCUUGGAAGCUGGCUUCACUGACGUUAAAAUGGAGGAGGUAGACCUGAACAUUCCCUGCGAGUACAGCUACCACGUCUACGGCUUCGCAACUGUAUAGACGAAUCACAUAGGUGGUCUGCCUAUUUAAAGGCCCCGGGAACGUGAACUUCCGGAUGACUAACACAAGACCUGCUGAGGCAACUCAGGGCCGAGGUAAUAACCAGCACUACCGACGUUCCUGGCAAUCUUAUACAGAUAUCAUAGUCAAUUUUAUUCACACGCUGGAUUUUCAUGUAGACGUUUCUGGAUUUGAGAAAUGCACCUAAUAAAUAUUCAAGACCAAGUGUUCCUUUGUGGUUAGCCCAUUUGUGUAGCAAAGCAUGCUUGUCUUAUUACUUGAAUAAAAAACAGCGCAAAAAAGACCAAGACGAAAAGAAGACAGGUACAACGGACGGACGCCAACUUACAACUACAUUGUAUGACGUCAUGGUGGUGAAAUUCGUUUUUCAUGUAUAUAAACCUGUGUUUACAUAAAAAAAUACUAGUUGCAAGUUAGCGCCCGUCUUGUCUUGUCUCCCAAACUAUGGCUCAUACGCACCACAGGGGUUUGGCCAAGACGCAGGUGGUUUCAACUAUGUUUA